AGGUGUUUGUCGCCCGACGAGCCGCCUGAGUGCAGAAAGUACAGGUCGAAAGGAUUGUAGACAAGAGGAAGAACAAGAAAGGAAAAUGGGAAUACCUUAUCCGAUGGAAAGGCUAUGGGAGCACAGAAGACACGUGGGAGCCAGAGCACCAUCUGCUGCACUGUGAGGAGUUUAUCGAUGAAUUCAACGGGCUGCACGUGUCCAAGGACAAGAGGGUCAAGUCAGGGAAGCAGGCCAGCGCCUCCAAGCUCCGGCCUGACGGCCGAGGCACAUCGGUGGAGAAACUCUCCCACAGACCUUCAGAAUCUGGAAAGAGCAAAGGGACUUCCCAUAAACGGAAGCGAAUCAACCCCUCCCUGUCCAAGCCGAAGAAAGGGUAUCCAGCCAAGCCCCCUGCAGGAGGUGACAGGGCUGCCAAGACAGUGUCUUACAGGACUACGCCCAGUGGUUUGCAAAUAAUGCCCCUGAAAAAGGCUCAAAAUGGGCUGGAAAAUGGGGACACCGGUUCCGAGAAGGAUGAGAGGCACUUUGGAAAUGGGUCCCACCAGCCUGGCUUAGAUUUGAAUGACGUCGGAGAGCAAGACGCGGGCGAGUGUGAUGUCAACCACGCGGCAGUGGCAGAGAACGGGCUAGGCUCUGCUCUGACCAACGGAGGAUUAAACAUGCACAGCUCGGUGAAGAGGAAGCUGGAGGCAGAGAAGGACUAUGUCUUUGACAAGAGGCUCAGGUACAGCGUCCGCCAGAACGAAAGCAACUGUCGGUUUCGGGACAUUGUCGUGCGGAAGGAAGAGGGGUUCACACACAUCCUGCUAUCCAGUCAGACCUCAGACAACAAUGCGCUGACCCCCGAGAUCAUGAAGGAGGUCCGGAGAGCGCUCUGCAACGCGUCCACGGACGACAGCAAACUGCUGCUCCUCAGUGCAGUGGGCAGCGUGUUCUGCAGUGGCCUGGAUUACUCCUACCUAAUUGGCCGGUUGUCCAACGACCGGCGAAAGGAGAGCACCCGCAUUGCAGAAGCCAUCAGGGACUUUGUGAAGGCCUUUAUCCAGUUUAAGAAGCCCAUCGUGGUGGCGAUCAACGGGCCUGCCCUGGGUCUGGGUGCCUCCAUCCUGCCCCUCUGCGACAUCGUGUGGGCCAGCGAGAAGGCCUGGUUUCAGACCCCCUACGCCACCAUCCGCCUCACGCCCGCCGGCUGCUCGUCCUACACCUUUCCCCAGAUCCUGGGCGUUGCGCUGGCCAAUGAGAUGCUCUUCUGUGGGCGGAAGCUCACUGCCCAGGAGGCAUGCAGCAGAGGACUUGUGUCCCAGGUCUUCUGGCCAACCACCUUCAGUCAGGAGGUCAUGCUGCGGGUCAAGGAGAUGGCGUCCUGCAGCGCAGUGGUGUUGGAGGAGUCAAAAUGCCUCGUUCGGAGCUUCCUGAAAUCGGUGCUUGAAGAUGUGAAUGAGAAAGAAUGCCUCAUGCUCAAGCAACUGUGGAGCUCCUCCAAAGGCCUGGAUUCCCUGUUCAGCUACCUGCAGGACAAAAUUUACGAAGUCUGAAGGGUCCCGGCCCAUUUGCCCCAAUGAUCAAGGGCACCUGACUUCCAGCUUUGCCCUGUGUUUCAGAAAUCGGAGUCCAGUGUAUGCCCUGCCAAGGGUUUUGUCAAGGUGUCUCUAUCCCUAGGGUUGUGUUCAUCUCCUUGUGUCCUUUGGUUGUUCCUCAUUGGUUUGAUUUUGUGUAACAGAUGGGAAACGCAGCAGACUUAGCUUUUCCCAUGCCCCACCCCUAACCAGCUAGAGAGCUAUUGAGGGCUAUAUCUUCCCAGGCCUCCGCCAGGUACCGUCCUGUCCCUACUUGCUGAAAUGCACCAUCUUGGUCCAGGAAGGGGAAGAUCACUGUCCCCCAUUCUUCCGACUCAGACUGUGUCUACACAGUGCCUCUGAUUUGGAGAUUUGGCUCAUGCCCUCUUUGAUUAGGUGCAGAUCUGGUGACAGGGGACAAUCCAUCGUAGGGAAUUUACAGACCAAUGAGCAAGACCGUUGUGUAGAGCCAGCCUCGGUCGCCUCUCUGAUGCAUAUCUGUGUGACUUGUAGGGCUUGGUCUUAAAACCCAACUAAGUGAUUUACAAACCUAGAUAAUGUUUUGUUAAAUAUAUAUUUUUAAAACAAUGUAAGUGGAAAUUCUGAUAAUUUAUGUGUAUUAUAUGUAAAGCUAGUUUUGCAAAAACAUGACCUAGGAAAAAUGGUUUUUUUCUUUAAUCAGACUUAUUUAAUUUAUUUAUUUUUGUUUGUAUAUUAUGAUAUCUGUCGUUCACACAGAUAUUAUUUUCAUACUGCCCUGGACCAAAUUCCAUACAAGGUUCGUGCUCUUUAGUGCGUUCUAGCAAUGAACCAUGUAGAAAUAGAAUUCAGAGAGACAAAAAUGGAAGGAUUUUUGUGGAUAAAAACAAUAGCUCUGUACCAGAUCCUUUGUGUAUAAAAUAGUUCUCAGCUGUAAUAAUUGAAUACUGUUCUUAGGAGAAAUCGCAGAGGAGCUUUCUCUGCAUGCUGCUUCCUUUAAGGAGAUAAAGGGGCCUUCAGCCUGAAUGGUACUGAGACACCCAGUCCCUAAUUGUGUGACAUCAGGAAGAGGUGGGGACUAGGCCCCACCUGGGGAUUGCACACUGCCUAGAGUAAGACUUUUUUCUUUGGGGCAAAUGACUGAACUUGGAUUUCAGAGUUCGUCCAUUCCACGUAGGCAGCGAUGUCUGGUUUGGCUUUCUAGGGAGGUGGGACGCAUUCCCAUUCUGUUCAGCUAUCAGUAAGUAGAAGGUCUGAAUCUUUUUGCAUUCAGAAGCUCAGAUGAUCCAUCUUUUUUUCUAGUUGUUUCCUCACAUCAGGGAGCAAUAACCAGGGAUGAAGUCUCCUGCCCCAGGGCCCGUGGGCUGCAUGAGCACCCCUGUAUUCAGACCAUCAGCCCAAACUCUGUGGAUCGGCUAUGGAGGAGGAGUGGUUUUGAUUAUGGUUGAUGAGUAGAAAGGUAAACAUCAAGGUUAGAGCAGAGGAAUGACAGGAGCAUGAUCUGUGUGAGCCUCAAACCUGCCACUGGUCAAGCACCCAGAGAAGCUGGAUUCUCAGAGUGGCGGGAUUUUUCCAUUUCCGUCACAAGCCCUGAGUGUCCUCAGAAGCCCUUUGGUCACCCAUCUUCUCUUUCCUUAUGUUAGCCGCUAUCCUCUCUUUUCCCUUCCUUGGAGAGAGCUGAGUGGAGCAGUGAGAGUUGGGCACAGUUGGGGGAAGGGACGUGGGCUGAGAAAAGGAGGGUCAUUGCUGUGGUUAUCUGUCUCUCUCUGGUCCUUUUUUCUCUCUUAAAGGUGACCAGAUGCAGUGGGCCAGACAGAGAGAGAGAAUUCAUGGCUCUCAGCUUUGUGUUUCAGAGAAUACGCUGAGUUUGUGUUUCAGAGAACAUGUUGAGUUCUAUGACUAGAGACGUGGUCCUUUAGACAGGGAAUCUGCAGUUUACCUGGACUCUUGAUCCUGAAGACGGCCUUGGUUCCUCCUCUGUAGAAAGCCUCUCUAUUUUUGAGUUUCCCCCUGACUUCAUGAGGGUCAGGGAGGAAGUAGCUUCUUAUCUUCUCCCUUCUUCCAUUUCUGCCAUCUUGGCCAUGGUGAGCCAGCAGGGGACAACGACCUUGGCUGAAUCUAGCCAGAGGAAGAUGGAACUGAAGUGCAGUGUACCCUCUUCUUAGUCCACGUGGGAUCUUGUAGGAACUGCAGACCUAGACUCUAGGGAAUUACUCUAGGGAAACACCUGCUUUUGCCCAAAUGCCUAUUUGUCACAUUUCCACUUGGGUUUUGUCUCUUCCUUUGAGAAAGCAAAUGAAUGCUUUUCCAAACCUCAUUCUUGUGUGUCGUGGUAGAUAAUCUCCAGCAUGGCUAACUCCUCUAAAGAAAGAGACCCUUGCUUUCUGUUUAUCUUCUGGGGCGGAUACAUUUACCAUAGAAGCAGUAUCAGGAUUCUUGUUGGAGAUUGAAGAAAAUGUUUGCAAAUUCCUUUUGAUCAAUGUUCAUCUUGGUUCCCUGCUGAAAGCACCAGAAAUAUUUUAGCUUUGGACAUAUCACACAUCCAAACCUCUAAACAUUUUAAGGAUCUCUGAUGAUAAGGUAGGAAUGUGAAAAACCAUUGCUAAGGUAGAAUUACUGUUGUUCAUUUGUACGUUCUGGUUAUAAUAGGAGGUAUUUUAAAAGAUGGUCUAUGUUUUGGUUGUUCCUAUAUAGUCAAUUCAAGAAGGAUAUUCCACAAAUUGGGCAAAAGUUGGUUAAAUCUGUUUAUUACAGUGUAGACUGAUGGAUUUUUCACUUUCUGGAUAGUUGUUUUGAUAAUGUGUAGAUGAAAUCCACAUAACUUACAUAGCAAAUUGACCUGGGAUGGAAAAAUGCCAGACCUGUGGGUGUGUCAGUGUUUGUCCUAAUAGCUUUCUCAAGAUAGGGCUCAGGCUUUCGUUUGUUAUCUUCUAUCCCUGCACCCUCUCUCUACCCAUAGGAUCCUUGCUUCACUCCCUGCUUUGCUUUACCCCCACCCCACCCCACCCCGUGUCUGUCACUUCCCAGAGCCUGGGCAUCCCCAUCCCAGAAUUACCUGUGGGGAUGGAUAAUAGCUAUGGGUGGAAGUGAAGCGUACCUCUUUAGUCAAGGGACCUUUUAGGCAGUCCACUCCUUGUCGUCCUGUUAGCCAUGGAUUAGAGCUCUCCUUCCCUCUCUGUUCCAACCCCCAUUGACUAGUCUCCAGCACCUCGUCGCACAGCCAUCUGAGUUAGCCCCAUUCCAAGAGGACUUUUUGUCCACCUUUGCUGAGGUGAUCAGAGCUCCUCACCAUUUGGAAGCUCAUGUACCCACGUGUCCCUUCUGGCUUUGGAAUAAUAUCUGUGGGUAAAAACCAUCACAAAUUGCCCUCUAAGAAUGAAAUUGGAUAACUAUGAGAAGGUAGUAGAGAAUUGAUUUAAAAUGUUGUUCUUAUUCAAUGUAGAUUAAACUAGGAAAUGUUCUCUCUGAAGCAUGAAAAUGUUUUUUCCAUAUGAAAUUUAGUAUGAAGAUGGAAAAAUAGUAAUCACAAUAGACUCAGAUCAAUGCGACUGUAUCUCUGAGUAUCCACAUUUAAAAAUAACCGCGACUGAAUGCUGAAUUGCAUUUCCCAUUAUUAACUGUUGGUUCAAAACAUUUUGUAAACUUUUUUUAAUUUGAGGUUGUCACGUUCAUGCAAUUUUACAAUCUAGUUUCUGUGGGAAACAAUUUUUUUAACAAAGAGAAACAAAUAUACACAUCUUCCAAUCUUCCUAAGUGAAUAUUUAAAAUGCAGAAUUGCUUCUCUUCGGUGUUUCUGAAUUCAGACACUUAGAUCUGUUGUAUAUAUUAGUUUAGACACUCUCACUAAUAUACACAGUAUUUAAGACUCUAAAUGAGAUUUCUUAAGUAUUUUAUUUUAUUCUCUGUAAAUGGUUUUGUAUAAUCUUUCCAAAUCUACACUUUGCCUUUGUAGAUAUUUAAGGGAAACCGUUUGGGGGUUGUCUUGCAUGUAUAUUUUUGUUGUAGAUAAGUGUUGCUUAGUUAUUUCUGCAAAUUUUGGUUGAAAUGCUUACAGACUUUAAUACAGUAUAUAUUUUCAGAAUAUAAACUUUUAUAUUUCUGUGCUAAGUUAGGAUAUGCGUUUUAGGCAAUCUUUUCCAUUAAUAUCACUUGUUCUUUCAAAAAAUAGCAUACUGGUUUGGUGCCAAUUUUUUUUGGUUUUUUGGUUUAUUUGUCAUUAGACUCUAAUGUUCUUAUAUUGCUAGAGAACAGGUUAAUUUUUUUUUCUUGAAGUAUAAUUUGAAAAUGUAUUGAAUUUGUGAAUAAGCCUUACCAUUAGGAUCAGUAAAUUUUCCAACCUUUGCAACUACAUAUGUUAGUCUAAGAUCUCCCCAUAAAUUUUCACUGUGUGGCAGUUGGUGGAGUUUGUGAAGAGAGCCUUAAGCUUGUUGCAAAAAAAAAAAAAAAAGGUAAUACGGGUUGUUUCUUACAAGCAACAUAAGCCAUGUUAAUGGACUCAGUGCAGUCCAUAAGUCAUGGCUGAUCUGAAGAGUUUGGUUGAGUUGAUGGCGGCAGGGGCCAAGUAGGCACCUUGGUGAUUCUCUUUGGCCAUCCAAAGGGACCAAGGACAGGUUUUCCGGAGCCACCUUUGUACUAUUCACAUGGUUUAGACAUGGUCACAGGGGAGGGCUGCUGGUCCAUCGUUUGUUCUGAGCAAGUGGCGUUUCCUGCUCCUGACCUUGGCAGUUGACCCCCAGGUCCCUUGUGGAUGACUUGGAAACGUCCAGCCUGGCUGAGAUCAGCAUUCCUUGAGAGAUGUGAAUAAAGUUUACAUGUGAGUCUUACUGUGUAGACAAUCUGAAGUCAAUUUCAGUUAUAUAAUCAGCAUUUCCAUGUGUCCUGAGUGUCUUAUCAGUGCACUGUGUGUGUUAAGCCAUACUAAACCCGAGUUGAGCAGGGCAAAGGCAAACUAGAUGCAGAACGUACACAUCAGCUGAGUCAGUCCCCACAGGGCUGUUUUAAUGGAGCAUAAGUUGUGGAGCUCAUUGGUGGUGCGUCCCACUCUUUGGGAUCUAAUCAAACCAACUCAAAUUUGGACUUUCUUUUUUUGUUUUUUUUUUAAUUCUGAGUCCUUUCAGUCGGUCACACUUCCAUAGGUACCAACCAAUUCUCCUUACUAAGAAGGCUUUAAAGAUGACCUAGAGUAUGGCUAAUGUUAUUUGGUUUCUCUCAAACAGAUGUUCAUAAAGUCAACUUAUCUACCAUUAGGAUGGAGAUUUGCUUCACAUGUUUGCAGUAUGUGUAGCAAUCAGAAAAACUGACACCUAGUUUUAAGCUUCAGCUCUGGCAUCUCCAUGGGCUGACCAUGCCUCGCUGGCCCAACACCUGGCCUGCUGCUAGAGCUCUUUAAAGUGACUGGGAAGCUGGGAGGGUGUAGCGUUUUCCACCUAGUAUUUCAUUUGUCCCUGUGCCAUUAGUUCCAGCUGAAGUCAUUUGCUGUCCACGGAGACAGGAUUGUGAAAAGAUUGCCUUUCAUAAAACCAAGGACCAAAGAAUUGCAUUAUUUCAACAAAGCAUGAGUUUCAUAGAUUGUAGGCACAUCUAGGCAGAGGUGUGCAUGCCUCAUGGCACAGAGAAACUGCCCACUCCCACCAACCUCACGCUGCCCCUGGCUGGCCAUCCACAGGGAUUUGUUGUCACCUUGAGAAGGCUCUGAAAGAUGGGUUUCUCAGAUGGAAACUUGCUAUUUCAGGUGGGUGUUUUUGCUGUGCAGUCCCAGCCUUUGUCCAUAUCAUCAAAAGUGGAGGUCUGGCAUUCUUCCAGGUUCUCUCACCAGUGUAGACUGCUCCACCUGAUAAGGAACCUCCAGUGCGAGUUUUUCAGGUGUGUCUCCACUGAGCAGCGAUCCUGCAAUUGCCGAAUUUCCACGUCCUUUUGUUCUCCAUUGACCCAUUCCAGUCCCUGUUCAGUGUGAGAAGGAUUUUCUUCCAUUCUCACACCGGGUGAUGCUCCCUUCUUAUUCAUGAUGAAAUCGUUGAUCCAUUAACUGGUUGAGAAAUGACAGAUGCUGAAGAAGUGGGAUUCUAGUGGUAAGGCUUAUUACCAAACUUCUGAUAAUGAAGCAGGCUACCAAAAACUUAUCCAGCCCACCCUCGGAGUGUUUGGGUUUGAACAUGGAUGUAGCACACACACCAAAAUCCAAGGAGACCUUUGCAAGUUAGGCUACUUGUUUUCUUUUGCCAGGUUAUCAUGGGAGAGUCUUUAACUAGUUCUGAAUAUUUGUAAGUAUGAGUACUUCAUAGAAUUAUAAAGCAGGUACGGCUGACCCGUUCUCACCACGCUGUAAAUAUUUCCCGAGAAUGGGUGCAGUACUGAGGGAUAAUAAUCUUCUGGUUUAUCAAAUGCUGACUGUCUAGAGCAAAUUGUACACUCUCUUUGUGAAUGGUCCUGUAACGUGUAUGAACACAUUUCUGGGUGCCUUAGAAGUUGUAUUUUCAUGUGUGCUAAUAUGCAGUAUUUAUACAUUGUGAAAAGCUGCUUUGAAUAAAAAGGUUGAAACUU